CUCUAGCUCUUUCCACGCGUGAAUCCCACUUUGACUUUGACUUUGUAAACAAUGCAGAGAUUUCCUAAUAAUCCAUUUCAGGGCCCAAACUACAGACCCAGACAUCCUGGAAACGAUGGGAUGUUCACACACAGAGCCAGAGGAUACCAAGAUUUUCAUCACUUUCCCGAUUUUCAUCAUGAGGGACCAAGAUUUCAUGGGCCGCGUGGGCGCGGAAACUUCCAUCGGGGACCGAGACCACCCUAUCGGGGUGGGAUGGGGGGCAGGCAAGAUGGGUUCCCGAUGGCAGCUCAUGGACACGGACCACCGCGAUUCAGUGGUGGAGGAUCUGGAAAUCCGAAUGCAUAUGAAGGGCAGUUCUCACCACCUAGGUUUCACCAGCCCACAAACCACCAGAAUGAUUAUAAUAACUUUAAUGACAGAAAUAGGACUGGCAAUCCCAAUUUCAAUGCAAAACGAGGCCGUGGACGUGGACGUGGUGGAGGUCGAGGAGCACGCAGUGGAGCUGGAGGAAGAGAACAGCAGCAAAACAGCCGUAAAACAAAAAACAAGAAGUCUAAACCCCCCAAAGAAAUAAACUACUCUCAUUACUGUGAUGUUUGUGACCGUGGUUUUCAAUCGGACGAGCAACUGAAGGUUCAUAUAGCUGAACAUGUCGAGUGCAAGGAGAAAGAUUGUCGAUUUGUCGGACACCCCAAGGUGGUCAAGAUGCAUCACAAACUGCAGCACGGUCCUGGGUGCAAGAAAAUCAGAUGGCUUGACACUGCAGAAGAUAUUGAGAAAUGGAGGAAUGAGAGAAAAAGGAAUUUUCCAACCGCCGAGAACAUCGCAAAGAAACAAUCGAAGACUGAGCAGAGGACGAAGCAGGGUAAUGUACUGGAAACAAAGAAGUUUGGGAAAUUUAAGAAAACACAUAGAGGGCAGAGAGGUCAGAAAAGCCGUGAACGUCAUCGGCUGAAGCUUGCUGAGAAGCUCCGAGCUCUUGGAAUCACCUUAGGAGAUCCUAAGCCAAACGACUCCGACGAAACCCCACCAAAGCGUGUAAAAACUGAUGACGGACAAGAAGACAAACCCUCAUCUGCAGUUGAAGAACAGGAAACAAAACCAGCAGAACUAUCUGACCCGUCAUCACAAUCAUCUAGCCUUUCUGGAACUAAGCAACAGGGGCCAGAGAGGGAAGUAGACUGCGACCCGUUAUCUCUUCUUGCUUCUAAAGACAAUGAAUCUGGUGACGACGAGGCGCCCGAAACCCAAGUUGUUGUCCCAAAGAUAGAAGUGGCCCCUAAAGGAACUUUUGGAGCCCUGGGCUCACUUGCAGCAUGCUACGAUUCUGACAGUGAAGGGAGCUUCGUUGGAGAACACGCCGUUACAGAUGCAGGUACUGAUGCACAGAGCCGGGGAACGAACAGUCUAGAAGACACUUCCGAAAAAGCUCCAGAGCAAUGCCCCACGGAACAGGGUGCAAGCGAAACCACCCCUCUUCAUACUGAACUGAGACAGACUGCACCACCUGAAGAUGCUGAUCCUACCAGUUGCCAUGACGAUGGGAGGAGUGAAGAGAAGAUGGAUGUUGGAGAUGGUGGGCGGGAGAAGAGGCGUCGCUCCUCAGGUGGAAGGGACCCCAAGAGACAGAAAAGAACCCAGGGUGGUAAAAGAAAAAGAUCGGAAAUUGAGACAGCGCAGAAGAAAGCAACGUUGCUUGAGAUGCUAUUAGCACCUGAUAUCCGGAGAGAGCGAAAUAUCAUCCUGCAAUGUGUGAGACAUGUUGUCAAGAAGAACUUCUUUCAGGGCUCAAAGACCUGACCCCAACGUUUUCCCUAUGGUCAGGUACCGAUGAUUUAUACCUGGACCUGUAUUUAAAGGAGAGAAAGAAACCUUUUCUCCAAUGUGUGAGACAUGUUGCCAAGAAAAACUUCUUCUAGGGAUCCAAGACCUAUUCCCAAAGUUGUCUCUAUAGUUCGGUUCUGAUCAAGAUAACCAUGACCUGUCAGGAGAAAAGGAAACAUUAUUAUUCUCCAAUGUGGAAGACGUGUCGUCAAGAAGAACUUUUCCAGGGGACCAAGACCUGAUCCCAAAGUUUUUCUCUAUAGUUCAGCACCAGCCAACCUUAUCUGGACCUGUAAUGUGUAAGAAGAGAAAGAAAGAAAAUUUUUCAUAUGUGUAACACUUGUCGUCAAAAAAAACUUCUUUCAGGGAUCCUAAAUCCUAAAUUUGACUCCAAAGUUCUGUAACUAUCCACUCUUAUUAGACUUGUAACCUUAUGAAACAGCAUUUCUUCAGCACAUUGUACAAACAAUUGGCUUCAGGAUUUUAAAUAGAUCUUGUACUUAGGCCUUGGGAAUUAAAGAAUUCAGUAGUCGACACGUGUUGUAAAAAAAACUCUUUAGCAUUUUGUCGCGGCAAUGUUCUGACAAGUCUUGCCUCACAAAUUCUUACUGUGAUUUCACGUUUGUAUCUUUUGUGGAACAUUGUAAUCAGACCUUUUUUUUUUACUAGAGCCCUGUACAAGAGAACAGUUCAUUAAACAUGCUUCUUCCGAUACCAGAUAUUUUUUUUCAUGAAGCUUUGCAGCACUUCAUUUUACAUACCAGCCAGAUAAACCAGAAGUUCUCUAGCACUCUUUUGGGGAACUGUUCUGCAAAUCUACAAGAUAAUACAAUAUCAAACCAGCACCCUAAUUGGCUGGUUUCAAGUUCUGUGUUGGUGUUUGCAGGAAUGCCAAGUUUAUCUUUAUAUGCAAACAUUGAUGAACCCAAACCACCAUGUUCAUCCUUCGCCAACAGCUCGCGCUCUAGUUUCUCUAAAGAUAUACAAUGUACUUUGGCAUGUGAUGACAAAAAAUUGUUCAUAACAAUUUCUUUGUAGGAAGAGUUCAGUUUUGAGUCACUGUUUGAUGUUUCACUUUAUAAGUACAUGUGGCUCAUUAAUCAAGUAUCAUAACAGUUGUUUCCAUUGUACAUGUACGCUUUAGAAUGCUAAUUAUAUUUUGACACAGUUACAUUUAUCUUCAAAUGCUCAUGUUUACCCAGGUUUCCAAAGGGUAUUUACAUAGGGAUAGUAAGGUCUUUAUAAGGAGAAAAAAAAUCAAUAUUUUUUGCUGGUAUAAAUUUUUAAGAAGUGAAAAUAUACAUUGUGUAAAACAUAAGUCUCGUACAUACUUCUUAGAAGUACUUUUUAUAGUGGAAGACAGGCUGGGUGUAUCAUAAAGCUGUUCAUAAUUUAUACCCUCUGUCUCAUUAGCUCUAUGGCAGCCAUACGGUAAGUCAAAAACAGCUGUUCUAUACAUUUUUAUCACACCACCUAUAUGUAGGUGCUACAAAAAUGUUAAAACGGCCGUUUUCGACUUGCCGUACAGUCGCCGUAGAGCAAUUGUGACCGAGGUAUCGCAAAUAACUUAACGCACGACUGGUGACCUUUUCUUGCGCUAAAUGAUAUCUUUAUGAUUGACUUAGUAUCUAAGAACAUGUUCCAGUCGUGUGAACAACAGCUCUAUGAAACACCCACAGGCUGAGUUAUCAUUAUUAAUUCAAUUGUUUGUAUAUUUUGCCAACAAGGUCAAUGUCUAAUAAUGCUGUUAAAAAUUAUAGGACAAGU